AUGUUCUCAAUACGCGCUGCGACGGCUGUUCGUCGCCUGCCUACCUUGCGCCGUCAAUUGGUCCCUUCAAGAACAUAUGCCACAGAACAGUCGGCCAACCCUACCACAAGUUUCUACAAGACCUUUUCAAGGCCCAUAGCCAAGGUCAUGAUCCUGGCCGUCUUUACGUAUCAAGUCGCGUACUGGACCUGGUCAAAAUUGGAAGCAGACGAAGCGUGUGAUAAGAUUGAUGCCGAGAUUGAGACAUUGGAGAAAAAGGUGAAUGAUUACAAGGAGUCCAAGGCUGUUGUCAAGGUGGAAUCCGAGUAG